GUAUGUUCAAUAGGCCUUUAUAAGGUAUCAAAGGUUUCUCCCAACUCUGUUUUAAACCAAAGACAACUUAACUUCUUCUCCGCACCUAACCACCACCACCACCACCGCUGCCGCCAGGGAGUGGAGGCGGUUUUGCCAGAUGGCGAGGAAUGAAUGGAUCAACGGGUAUUUGGAGGCGAUAUUGGAUGUGGGAGCAAAUAUACAGAGCCAAAAAGGUGUUGAUACCAAGAUGAAGAUAGAAAAGCUUCAAGACAACGUGAAGCGUGAUAAACACUUCAAUCCCACUAAUUACUUUGUUGAAGAAGUUGUUAAUAGUGUUGAUGAAUCUGACCUCCAUAGAACCUGGAUCAAGGUAAUUGCAACUAGGAACACUCGUCAAAAAAGCAAUAGGCUAGAAAAUAUGUGCUGGCGAAUUUGGCAUCUUACCCGUAAAAAGAAGCAGAUAGCGUUAGAAGAUACACAAAAGCUAACAAAGCGUCGUAUUGAACGAGAAAAAGGUCGCAAUGAUGCUGCAGAAGAUCUUUUAGAGCUCUCAGAUGGCGAAAAAGAAAAGGGCGAAGUCAUGCCAGUCAACAAGAUUUCAAGAAUAAACUCUGAGAUGCAGAUAUGGUCAGAUGUUGUUAAUCAAUCCCGACAACUUUACAUCGUCCUCAUCAGCAUUCAUGGGUUGGUGCGGGGUGAUAACAUGGAGUUGGGACGGGAUUCUGAUACGGGUGGUCAGGUGAAAUAUGUGGUGGAACUUGCACGAGCAUUGGCUGACAUGGAAGGAGUUAUCAGGGUUGAUUUAUUAACUCGACAAAUAGCAUGUACAGAUGUUGAUUAUGGUUAUGGAGAACCCAUUGAGAUGCUCUCGUGUCCACCGGAAGGUUCCGGAAACUGUGGGGCCUACAUUGUUCGUAUCCCUUGCGGACCCCGUGAUAAGUAUAUAUUCAAAGAGUCGUUAUGGCCUUACAUCCCGGAAUUCGUUGAUGGAGCUCUAAGCCACGUUGUAAACAUGGCAAGAUCUUUAGGAGAGCAGUUUGAUAAUGGGAAGCCAGUGUGGCCCUAUGUGAUUCAUGGACACUAUGCAGAUGCAGGUGAAGUUGCAGCACGUUUAUCAGGCUCCCUAAAUGUUCCUAUGGUGCUCACAGGACACUCACUUGGAAGGAACAAGUUUGAGCAGUUGUUGAAACAAGGGAGGCUUUCUAAAGAGGAUAUUAACUCAACUUACAAGAUAAUGAGGAGGAUUGAAGGUGAAGAGUUGGCAUUAGAUGCUGCUGAAAUGGUGGUCACUAGUACAAGGCAAGAGAUUGAAGAGCAAUGGGGUUUAUAUGAUGGUUUUGAUGUUAAGCUUGAAAGGAAACUUAGGGUUAGGAGAAGAAGAGGAGUCAGUUGUCUUGGACGAUACAUGCCUAGGGCUGUGGUAAUACCACCAGGAAUGGACUUCAGUUUUGUCAAGGCCGAAGACAUAAAUUCACUAGAAGGUAAUGGGGAUCUUCAAUCGAUAAUUGGGCGUGACAAAGCUCAAAAUAAAAGGGCAGUACCUCCAAUAUGGUCUGAGAUUAUGAGGUUUUUCACAAAUCCACACAAACCCAUGAUCCUAGCAUUGUCUAGACCAGAUCCCAAGAAAAAUGUCACCACUUUGCUCAAAGCUUUUGGAGAAUGUAAGCCACUUCGAGAACUAGCAAACUUGACACUUAUACUUGGGAAUAGAGAUGAUGUAGAAGAUAUGUCGAGCAGUAGUGGGGUUGUUCUUACCACAGUCCUGAAGCUAAUUGAUAGGUAUGAUUUAUAUGGACAGGUGGCAUAUCCAAAGCAUCAUAAGCAAGUUGAGGUACCUGAGAUAUAUCGUCUAGCUGCAAAAACAAAGGGUGUUUUCAUCAAUCCAGCUCUAGUGGAACCAUUCGGCCUGACAAUCAUAGAAGCAUCAGCUUAUGGUUUGCCAGUUGUUGCUACAAAAAAUGGUGGGCCCGUAGAUAUACUUAAGGCGCUAAAUAACGGUCUUCUAGUGGACCCACAUGAUCAAAAAGCCAUUGAAGAUGCUCUAUUAAAGCUUGUUGCAGACAAAAACCUAUGGGUCGAGUGUCGAAAGCAUGGCCUAAAGAACAUCCAUCGGUUUUCAUGGCCGGAACACUGCCGGAAUUACCUCUCCCACCUUGAACAUUGUAGAAACCGCCACCCCACCACCCGUCAGAAGAUCAUACCUACCAAAGAAGAACCAAUGAGUGAAUCAUUACAGGGUGUUGAAGAUCUUUCUUUGAGAUUCUCUAUAGAUGGUGAAAUUAAGUCCAAUGGAGACCUAGAUCCAGCAAUUAGACAGAAAGAACUAAUAGAGACCUUAACCAAAAUGUCUACCAAUAGAAAACCAAACCCUAGUUACAGUCCAGGAAGAAGGCAAGCGUUAUACAUAAUAGCUGUUGAUUCUUAUGAUGUCAAUGGGGACCCCACAGAGACCAUGUCAAUGAUAAUAAAAAAUGUUAUGGAACUUGCAGUUGGAAAGCCUGGGGAGAUUGGGUUUAUAUUAUUGACAGGGUUGAGUUUACAGGAGAUAAAGGAAGUAUUGAAAAGAUGUGAAGUGAAUAUAGAAAGUUUUGAUGCAUUGGUUUGUAGUAGUGGAAGUGAACUAUAUUACCCAUGGAGAGAUCUUGCAGUUGAUGAAGACUAUGACAACCACACUGAGUAUAGAUGGCCAGAAGAGAAUGUGAGAUCAACAAUAGUGAGGAUUGCUAGGCAAGAAAAUGAGGAGGAUGACAACAUGGUGGAACAAAUAAAGACAUCCAGCUCAAGCUCAAGGUGUUACACAUACAUAAUCAAACAAGGAGCCAAGACAAGCAAAGUGGAUGAUCUACGUCAGAGGCUACGGAUGAGAGGUUUUCGUUGCAACACUGUCUUCACACAUGCUGCAAAAAAAUUAAAUGUGAUACCAUUAUUCGCAUCAAGAGCUCAAGCAUUAAGGUAUCUAUCAGUUAGGUGGGGGAUGGAUCUCACCAAAAUGUUUGUAUUUGUGGGAGAAAAGGGGGAUACAGACUAUGAAGACCUCCUUGUUGGCCUUCACAAAACCAUUAUUCUACAAGAUUCGGUGGAAUAUGGAAGUGAGAAGUUUCUUCGUAGUGAAGAGAGCUUCAAGAAGGAAGAUAUGGUCCCUCCAGAAACCUCUAACAUUGCCAUUUCAAAAGGGUAUGAAGUCGAUGAUAUAAGUGAAGUUUUGGGGAAUCUUGGGAUCAAUUGACUUCUUUGUAACUAUAUUUUACUACAUUAAUUCCAGUCCCUGUAUAUAGGAAGGACAUGGAUAUACGCCAUAGAUACAAUAAGUAGCAUUUAA